AAGCUUGUCUCGCAGCCGCUUCGGCGUGCGGAAAAACAAGGCCGGCAGAUUUUCGCAUUCGUUGUGUUCCACAUAGGAAAAUGGACGUCCCCUCCACGUCUCCCCACAACUAUGCGGCCAUCGGCAAUCCCAUCACCAGUCCUACGGACGCCACACCCUACUCGGGCGGGAAUGGCUGGGACUAUUUCCCGAUGUUUUGCCCCAUGCGGGCGUAUAUCAAAUGCAAAUAUGUAGUCUGGGUGGUCUGGAAGCAGGUUACAACAUCUGCCAUGCAGGUUUCGCAUGGCCCAGAGGGUCUGGAAUGGGAGCGGUCGCGUCACAAGUUUUGAGGAGGCUCCCGAAUGCGCUUCCUGCAUGAGAGGUGCCAUCUUCUGGCGCGCCGAAAAUUGAAUGUCUUUUGCUGCUCGCGCAAUACAGAUUUUUGCAUCGUCCAGACGUAGCAUGACAAACUCAGCUUCUUCCAGGAGAUGCAGACAUGUUUGCAAUGCAUAGCGUGCAACACCACCUACAUCGCCUACCAGCGCCCGGAGGACCAGCCCAAGUACGUGGAGUCGACCGGCAUGAACGGUUUUGUGCAGGUCAUGUAUAUCAACCGCAAAUAGACUCUGUCUGGGUUUACUGUAGGAAAGUUGCCAUGCCAAGUUGUGAAGAGUGAAAAUAAAUGCGCUGCAAUUUUUUAUGCACGGCCAACUAACUAUGAGAAGUUUAAGUUUUUGAGCGGCUCAGAAGUGUUGCGCAUUCCGCAUGGCAAACUACGUUUUUGCGUGACAAGCGAUAUGACGUUUAUUUGGUGAGCAACUAGACCGUAUGCAAAUGCAUCACCACCUUUACACUCCUGUCUGACGAGAAGCAGGAGAAUUAUCUCCAGACGUCCCAGAAGAUGAGUUGCAUUCCAUAACUGACAUUCUGUACCAAUUUUCUAUCCGCGAGCAGGUGGUCAUGGAUGAUUCGUUUUUCUACAUUUUCCGCGCGCUGGCGGUGCUGGCGGAGGCCAUCCGGAUUCUGGUCUGCUCCAUGCGGUACGAGUUUUGCGCGGCCCAGUCGCCGGUCGAUGCGUUCAACCGGUCGGACCCGUUUGCCGGCUUUGCGGCGGUGGACUACCACACGCGCCUGCGGAACGAGGCGUGCUCCAUCGCCAUGAACUCGUUUUUGAUCCUGCACAAGCACCUGGAUGGCGUCGUGGAGCCGCUGGCGAGCGGACGGGUGAACUUCUGCGAGGAACUGUUUUUGAAGGGCGAGCUGACGGAGAUGCUGCUCAAAGUGCCCUCGGUCAUUUUAUCCGAGUGCACAAGCCGAAGCCCACUGGUGCUUCCUCCUUAUUUGUCAUGCAGAAUCCCGACAAUUAUAAGAGCUGCCUUUUGGCACUGUUUGCAUGACAGAUUGAUUCUGGAAGCCCAAACAGUAGUACUACGCUAGGCACAUCACCCUGUCAUGCACACCAGGCUCCACGUGAUGUGCUGGCUUUUGUAAAUUGCUGUUGAUGGUGCCAACAACAUCGACAUCGUGAUUCGGUACUAGCGCGGUCUGUUUAAUAGUAGCCAUGCAGAUGAGGAAGAGGGGGAGUAAGUAGUUGUGCACCACUCGGAUACCUUUUGGACACCGUCGUGAAGAAGGUCACCCGGGGGGAGACCCCGGAGGAGGACGCGGGUAUUUCCAAGCCGCUAGGGAACAACGGGACGAGGUUCGAUUUCGAAUCUUUUUUCAACGAUACCUAUGAAUUGCAAAAAUGUCUGGGUCUGGAAGAAUGCAAGAUUUGUCAUGCAUAUUUCUCAUGGCCAAUAAUGCCUGUAAUGCACGACCUAGUAUGACAGGUUUUUAGAACCCUUCCUGAUGCGCCUUCCGCAUAAGAAAUGCCGUGUCCGCGUAGCACAAACUGGACCCCUCUUGCUUGUCACGCAAUACAAAUUUUCCUAGAAUCCAAAAACAGCAUGACAAGUUGCGACCUUCCAGACGCAGACCCAGACAUUUUUGCAAUGCAUAAUACCCGGCACUACCGUGACGUUCCCUACGACGCGCGGAUUUUCGCCCACAUCCGCUACCCCACUGUGUUAUGCAUUGCAAAUUAUAUGUCUGGGUGUUUUUUUAUUCCUGGAUCUGGAAGUACAUUGGCAUUGCGCCUUGUGAUCAUACCAGAUACUCGAGCACACAAAAGUUGUCUACUAUUCCAUAGCAGCACUGGCACUCCAAUUCUUCCAGUCUCGCGAAGAACAAAUGGGGAGCGGUCAUGCAGGAUAGUCGACAUCAAUGAGCAAGGGCCAAAAAUGAGCAGUACACUCCUUGUAAGACGAUCACUUCUACAUGAAACUAGAUCUGCAUGACUACUUACACGAUUUCAUCUGCACGACUUCUCCAGAACACGACGACCAGACACGUUUGCAAUUUGAUGCGAGUGGAGUCCGAAUAAGAUCUGCAAGCCCCUGCUGUUUGAGCCGGUGCUACCGGGAUACGAGACCAAGCCGCUGGUGAACUGGCAAACCAUUGUCCGGCUGUUUGAGCACCGGUGGGUCUUGAACUUCGGGGCGGCCGACGGCGCUUGCGGGGUAAUCGGCGACUGGAACCACGACCCCGCGAACUGCCUGCUGCAAAACAACCGCAGUGGCAUGGUGAUCGAGGGCGAUAAGGACCGCAUUCCGGACCUAAAUGCCACCUUCUUGAACCACACCUCGCUCACACGGUUCUUUCGUCCACUGGCAAUCGAGAAUGUCAUCGCGGUAUCCAUUGCAGAUGCCUACUACUACAUGUCUGGAUCUUCAUGAAGAUGUCUCCUGGAUGGUGCAAUAAACUUGUAUUGGCAGGCGAGAAAGCGCGUGGAUGCUGUCAUGCACGUUGUGCAAUAGUAGAAACCGCGCGGCUUCUUUCAUCUUUUUGAAUCAUGGAAAGCCGCAGGAGCUCAAUCUUAUGCGGAGUUGUAGGCAAUGUUGGGUGGAACUACAAGCAGUGAGAACGUUUCAUCUCAUGCGUGGUAGCAGUACUUAGCCGUCGUGUAAGUAUCGAUGUCUGUCGAUGCCACCCAGAUCAUGCCAGCAUAGCAAGUUUCCAGAGCCAGACACGUUUGCAAUUGAUGGGCGGAAAUCCGACAGCACGUGGAGACGGUGGAGAAGCCCAGGCUGCGAAAAACGUUCGAAGAGAUCGUUGCGAAAAACGGUCGAAGAGAUGUUGGAAAAGGAGCCCCUGCUCGUCAACAAACCGCUAGCAGCGAGAAGAUUUUUGCGCUCACGGAGGACAAAGCGCUCGCAGACCUCGCGUACGCCCCGGCGCUGCUCAAAAUGGACAUCGACAAUGCCGAUUGCUACUACCUGCAGACGGCCCUUCAAAUCGUGAAGCCGCUGGUCAUCUUCUUCGAAAUCUGGGCCGACAUCCCCCCGCCCUUCGACUACCGCGAGCUGCCGCGCAAACCCUACGCCCCGGCCCCGCACCACGCACCGGGGUGCAGUUUGCAGGCGUUUGUGAACAUUGGGAAGGAGUUCGGGUAUUCGUUGACGGAAGUUUUACUCGAAGACGCCGUGCUGGUGCGGAACGACUUGCUGUUCGGAAAAUUUGCGGACCUCGACGCCGAGGAGACGGUUUCCGAGGGAGUAAGUAUCCAAGAAAAAAAGUGUGUAAGUGUAACUUUUUUGCAGAAACAGCAUCACAAAUUUGCUCUACAUGACAGAGAAAACCUGUCAUGCGUGGCUUGUAAGGGAAAACACACAUGAGAAGAGGACUUCAUGGCUGUCUGGCACGACAGGCGUGAGUCUGUUGCAUGUUCUGCAACACAAAUUUACACUUACACAGUUUUUUUCUUGCAUAGUAAGCGCCCGACUGGAGGAGUUCGUCGUACCGUUUCUCUCUGGCGUAUGGAAGCGUCAGAAUCGAAAUUCGCAAAAUCGAAAAAUUUGUAAUGCAUAAAAUGUAGGGCACGAAUGGCCUGUGUUGGGGAGCAGGCAAAUGAGACCGAUUACAGGCCUGUUUAGGGGAAGGCGAUGCGCUGCCGGAGUAGCAUGACAGGAGCAGUCUUCCUUGCCUAAACAGCAUGACAGGCUGGAUUUUGUUGCUCCCGAAAUUUGUCAUGCCCCACAUGGAAACUGAGGCUCCAACUGGUAUCGAGUUUAUGCAUCACAAACCAUUUCGAUUUUGUUGAUUUCGAUCCUGACGCUUCCAUAUGGCGCCGUCGAAGCGGACCUGCUUUCGACCGAAAAUCUUCUGCACGAGGGACGAGGGUCGGGAGUACUAGACCACAGCGGGUCAUCAUCAUCAUCAUCAUCAUCAUCUUCACCGCCUGCAGGGACUUCUUCACUGCAGCAGGAGGAUGUAGUUUACGACACCAGUGAAUUUCUGGUGACGUCGCUGGAGCAGCACCGGAGAAAGCCGGUCCCCUACGGCGUGUCGUUCUACGAUCCCGCGACCGGGAGCGGCCGGGUCUACGGCCACCAGCAUUUGUAUUGCCAGUUCGGGAAGACGACACAGGAGAAGAUGAUAGGCGAGGGCAAAACUACUUCUACCACCUUUGGUGAAAGAAGUACUUCGGCAAGCGAUAUUAACCGGCCCGCCUACCUCCGAAGUAAUCUGACCGAAUGCUACCACGACCUGGCGGUGCACGCACUGUACGCCGACGGAUUUUUCUGUCACCCGCAGAGCCGCUGGCUGGUGCGACCUGACAAGAUCUACCAAGUCGAUUGGUCGCUGCUGAUGGACCAAAACUCGCCUCUGCCAUUACGGGAAAACCUGAUUCAUGAUGUGAUGCGAGCGCGGAGGUGGCACGCUGGGCUCCGGGGUGCAGCGCUGGAAAACAGGGACAGUUACUACUUGGAGUAUCCGAAGUAGUUGUAGGCGAGAAAUAUAUAAAGGCAUCUCAGUUCUUGUAGUACCAGAAGCAGACAGGUCGUGGUCGUGCUGUCGCUGUUUGAAUGAAACGAAAACACGUGAUUAAAGAUCCUCGUCUCGCGAUUUUAUGAAAAGAAUGAGGAGCAAGGAAAGGAAAGGAUCAAGAAGAGGAGGCGCCAGCAACGGCAAUACUGUUGCUGGAUCAGCACGAGGAAGGUUUUUGUCUGGCGCGAAAUACUUGAGUGAAGGCUGUUCUGCUCCUUCGGUUCGUGCAGU